AUGGCAACUUACGAGCUGAUUCCCAAUUGCACCUUUGAAGAUGCUGCUGGUAUUGCAAAAAACAACAUGACUGCCUUUUACGGCGAGACCUGGUGGAAUAUGCAAUGGGAUAUACCACUUGAAAAGAUUAUAUACAUGACAACCAAGAGAUACCCUCAUAAUUUGCUCAGAGAUAGGCAUGUUCGGCGACACCAAAAGGUAAUCGAUACGGCAACGGGCGAAAUUGUCGGGUAUGCUCGAUGGAUUCUCCCCGAGUCAUUUGCAAGCAGCUGGCUUGAUGCUCAGCCUCCUGAUGCAAGCGACGAGGACAAGAUUCGCUUUAAGAAAGAUUUUGACGAGCAGCCGUGGCGGACGCGACCGGAAGUUGAUGACUCCGACGAAUUGGUUGAGGAGCAGAUCCGAAAGCAUACUCCUAAGGUACCAUAUAUAAAGCUUGAUUACCUUGGCGUCCACCCCGACCAUCACCGCAGAGGAAUCGCCAGUAUGUUGGUUCAGUCCGGAGUCAAGGCAGCGAACCAGUUGGGCAUUGACUUGUAUCUUGUUGCCAUGGGAAUAAAUGCCUGUAACCUGUACAAGAAGUAUGGAUUCGAAGAACUGGAUAGCCUCAGCCAAGACCUGAGCAGAUGGGGCUUUCAAGGGACGUACGAUACUUGGAUCUUGAUCAAGCAUCCAGAAACAGCAUCACACUAA